AUGGAGCAGCACACGGCGACUCCCACCCCCUCCAGCCCCUCACCAGGCCUCAACGCCAGCCUCCAGCCCCCCCCCUCCUCCUCCUCUGACCUCCUCUUUGAGAUCCUGGGCCCCAAGCAGUCGCCCCUGGCCCUGCCCAUCGCCUCCGUGUACCUGCUCAUCUUCCUCACGGGGCUGUCGGGCAACCUGCUGACCUGCGCCGUCAUCGCCAAGCACCGGAAGAUGCGGACGCCCACCAACCUGUACCUGCUGAGCCUGGCGGCGUGCGACCUGCUGCUGCUGCUGGUCGCCAUGCCGCUGGAGCUGUACGACCUGUGGCAGAACUACCCCUUCCCCUUCGGCGAGGCCGGCUGCUACCUCAAGACCUUCCUGUUCGAGACGGUGUGCUUCUCCUCCAUCCUGAGCGUCACGGCGCUGAGUGCCGAACGCUACGUGGCCGUGGUCCACCCGCUGAAGACGCGCCACCUGUCCACCAGCCGCCACGCCCGCCGCGUGCUCGGCGGCGUGUGGCUGGCCUCCAUGGCGUGCGCCGUGCCCAACACCCUGCUGCACGGCGUCUUCCGGCUGCCCGAGAGGGCCGAGGAGUCGGCCAUCUGCACGGUGCUGGGGCCGCUGUGGGUCUACAAGCUGCUGAUCCAGGUCACCACCGUCUGCUUCUACCUGGUGCCCAUGGCGGUGAUCAGCGCGCUGUACCUGCUGAUGGCCGUGCACCUGGGCCGCGAGAGGUGCCCCCCGGGCCACCUGGGGAAGAACUGCAGCCCCGGGGCGCGCCCCCAGGGCGAGGGCGGGCGCCACAGGCAGGUCACCAAGAUGCUGGCCGUGGUGGUGGCGGUGUUCGGCCUGUGCUGGGCUCCCUUCCACGCGGAGCGGCUCCUGUGGAGCUCCGUCAGCCAGUGGACGGACGCCAUGCACGGCGUGUACCAGUGGGUCCACAUCCUGUCGGGGGUCCUCUUCUACCUCAGCUCCGCCGUCAACCCCCUCAUCUACAGCCUGCUCUCCACGCGCUUCCGCGAGGGCUUCCGCCAGCUCGUGUGCUGGCAGACGGAGGACGCCGCCGCCGCCGGGUCGGCCGCGCGCCACUCCCCCCCGCUCCCCCCGUCCCUGCUGGGUCCGGGGGGGGCGGCCCCCGAACCCGACCUCCGUCCACUCCCCGGGCCCGGCGUGGACGCCGGCCUGCCGCUGCGGUGCGGAGGGGCCGACUGCGUGACCUCCGCCUGCUGA